AUGGGAAUGGAAGAGGUUGAGACGAAAGAGGCUGACCAUGAGUGUCCUCGGUCAUCGCAAGCGCGAGUGGUCCUGGUCACCGUCGGGGUAGUUCCAACGCAAUUACCUUCCGAAACUGAAUAA